AUGUCGUUCUACCAACAAAGCGGAUCCCAGGCGUCUGGGACCAACCACAGAAGAACGUGGGAUGAGAAAGAGUACUCGCUAGCUGCUCAUCAACGAGCGCUCGAUGAAAAAGAGGCCGAAGAUAUCAGAACUGGAAAAAAGAAGAAAGACGAGCCAAAAGUGAAGCGAGAGAUGCUGAAAGCCAGGGAAUACAAGGUGGAUCUAGAUUCAAAGGUCGGCAAAUCAGUGGUUAUCACAAAAGCGACACCAUCGGCGGAGACUGGAGGCUUCUAUUGUGACGUUUGUGAUUGUGUAGUCAAGGAUUCCAUCAAUUUUCUGGACCAUAUCAACGGAAAGAACCAUCAGAGAAAUAUCGGAAUGUCGAUGAAAACGAAGAAGAGUACGGUGGAAGAUGUGCGAGACAGGUUUAAAUUGCUCAAGGAGAAAAAAGAACGAGAAAAGCGGGAAGCGCAAGUGGAGCAGUUGCUAGAAGACGUGCAGGAAGAAGAAGCGAGAAUGGCAGACUACAAGAAAGAUAAGAAGGUUGAUAAUAACAGAAAACGAAAGAGAGAAGCGAAAAAAGAAGAGGAUGAGGAUGAGCAGGAGGAUGAUGAUGGUCUGGAUCCGGAGAUUCGUGCCAUGAUGGGAUUCUCUGGAUUUGCGACGAGCAAGAGAUGA